ACUUUCUCUCCCUAUCCUAUCCUCCUCUGUUUCUCCAAUAUUCUCUUUUCUUCCCAAUGACCAACCAAGCCUCUUCCCCUGAAACUGAAACUACCAGCCCUAGCGACUCCUCUUCUUCUUGUUCUUCUUCUUCUUUCCCAUCUUCUUCAUCUGAAUUAUCAAACCCUACUUCCGAUUCUCAGACCCAGAAAAGUCAAUCUCAGAGCCAACAAGAACGGAGCACUAGCAGACCCAAGAGAGCCAGAGACCCUUCUAGCAAGCAUCCAUCGUACCAUGGCGUCCGAAUGCGAAACUGGGGCAAAUGGGUCUCUGAAAUUCGCGAGCCUCGCAAGAAAUCACGAAUCUGGCUUGGCACUUUCGCCACGCCGGCAAUGGCUGCUCGAGCCCAUGACGUCGCCGCUCUGAGCAUCAAGGGUGAAUCCGCCGUCCUCAACUUCCCUCACUUAGCUUCUCUGCUUCCCAGACCUGUCACGCUCGCCCCACGUGACAUCCAAUUCGCCGCCGCCGAAGCAGCUGCCAUGGUGAAAUUCGACCCUGCUCAGUCGCCGUCUUCUUCACCAUCAUCGGAAGAAGCAGAGUCUUCAGAGCUGAGUGAGAUUGUGGAGUUGCCCAACGUUGAGGAGAGCUUUGAAUCGGUGGAGUCGUCGAGGAGUCACGAGUUUGUGUGGGUUGAGUCGAUGGAUUGUUGGGUGUACGAUCCUCCAUUAAUGGAAUUAGAGGAAGAGGGUUUCUUUGACCAGUUUUAUGGAGGAGAAAGCUUUGAGAUAUCAAUUUGGGAUUAUUAAUGGCGGAUUUUGACCCUGUUCUGUUCUGUCUUCUUCCCCAGAUAAUUAGCUGCAUGUCGUGAGAAUAUAUUGCAGUAAUCUGCUUCACGUUUGCGCCGAACAAUUCUCAAAUGUCAAAUACGAAACAUUUAUCAAUGGAGGGUGGUGAGCAUUAUUGUUGUCUGUGUACAUUGAAGUUUCUUCUUCUUCGUCUUCUUCAACCACCUCCUCUUGCGUGGUUUGCUUUGCAAAAGUAGAAAAUCCAGAGAAAUGUGAGUGACUAGACUGAGUGGCUGCCAAGAAAUGAGAAAACAAAAUAUCUUUUUCAAUGCUUGUAGGUUAAUUUUAUUUGAUAUAUUUGUAUUAUCACAUACACCAAUAAUUCAUUGUUUUUAUAAAAUAAUCUUAUAUUAAUAUUUUCGCCUAA